GGACAUCCUGGAGGCAGUAAAGUGUCCCCCUGUCCUGUAGACAGCCUGAUGAUGCUGAGAUGAUGCAACCAGAGGAGGGGGAGAGAGAGAGAGAGAGGAUCAUCCGGCUGCUGCUGCCAGAACAAACCUCUAACAAGCCUCAUCUCUAAAGUUAGCCAGCUGUUAGCCACCGCUAAUGAACAGCCAGCGGAUAUCGAUCAACGUAUCAAACAGAAGAAUGAGGAGAACCUCAGAUUGAGCUGUAAAUGUAUCGGCAUCAGAGCACUCAGUAUGAAGAAGUCGGUCCGGCCAGCGGUGAGUAAGGUGAGCGGAGAUCGUGGGAAGGCCGAGGCCACGGCUACCGCUGGGACUGGAAAGCCUGCAGCCAAGACUAGCACCACUGCACCUCUGUCUAAGGUGAAAAGCAAUGAUGAUCUUUUAGCAGCUAUGGCCGGAGGGAAUCCUGCAUCAAGUAAUGCAGUCAACAAGACCAAGAGGACUGCCUCCGUAGGGACUAGUGGCAGCAACCUCGACAGCAAGCCAAAGACGGCAUUGGGUACUUCAUCCAAGCGUACGACAUCUUCGAUUUCCAAGGAGCCAAAUUCAUCACGAGAUCGUCUCCGAACAUCCAGGACCUCAGCCAAUAAGAAGCAGUUGGUAUCAGGGAGUGUAGUGGGGGAUGUAGCCUCAGGGAAGCGCUCUCGCAACCAGAUCCUGGCAGAGUCUGAUGGCCGUAUGAGCAAGUCUAAAUCAGACGGCCAGAUCAGUGAUAAGGUAGCUCUGGAGACCAAAGUGAAAGACCUGUUGGGUUUGGCUAAAAGCAAAGAUGUGGAGAUCCUCCACCUUCGCAGUGAGCUGAGGGACAUGAGGGCCCAGCUUGGCUUGGGAGAGAAGGAAGCAGCGCAGCAGGAAGAAGCUGGCGAGGAGGAGGAAGAGGAGGAGGAGGAGGAGGAAAAGCCCCAGGUCUCAGCCAUCACAGCAGCUGAUGUGGAGUCCACUCUGAUUCUCUUACAAGAGCAGAACCAGGCCAUCAGAGAGGAGCUCAACCUGCUAAAGAGUGAGAAUCGAAUGCUAAAAGACCGACUCAAUGCGCUGGGCUUCUCUCUGGAGCAGAGGCUGGAUGCCUCUGACAAGCUGUUCAACUACGCCUCCCUGAGCCCGGACCUGGCAGUAGGCAGCGGGCAGAGUGAUGGGGGAGGAACCGGGACACUGACCUCCUCAGUGGAAGGCUCCGCUCCCGGCUCCCUGGAGGAUCUGCUCACAGGACACCAGCAUGGAGGCUCAGCAGACAACCUCGACAGUGAAUCUAGCGAGGUCUACCAGGCCGUCACCUCCAGUGAUGAUGCUCUGGACGCCCCCUCUGGAGCUUCCUCAUCAUCUGAAUCGGAGUGCGCGCCGAGCAGGGCGCGCUCACGGAGGGGCAGCAGUGACAAUGCCAGCGAGGUGUCAGUGGCCUGUCUGACAGAGCGCAUCCACCAGAUGGAGGAGAACCAGCACAGCACUGCUGAGGAGCUCCAGGCAACAUUACAGGAGCUGGCUGACCUGCAGCAGAUAACCCAGGAGCUGAACGGAGAGAACGAGCGGCUAGGUGAAGAGAAGGUGAUCCUCAUGGACUCCCUGUGCCAGCAGAGUGACAAGCUGGAGCUGUACGGUCGACAGAUCGAGUACCUGCGUUCUCUGCUGGAUGACCAUCAUAUAUCGUACGGACUAGAGGAGGACAUCAAGAGUGGCCGCUACAUGGAGCUGGAGCAGCGCUACGGAGACCUGGCAGACAAUGCCCGCUUUGAGAGAGAACAGCUGCUGGGGGUUCAACAACACCUGUCUAACACUCUGAAGAUGGCUGAACAGGACAACGCUGAGGCCCAAGAGAUGAUCGGAGCGUUGAAAGAGAGGAACCACCAGAUGGAGCGCAUCAUGGAGUCAGAGAGACAGGGUCGAGCUGCCAUGGGGGCCGCACUUGAAGAGUACAAGGCAGCAGUGAGCAAUGACCAGGCGGAGCUGAGCCGCUGCAGAGCCCAGCUGGACCAGGAGAGGCAGAGGGUUGCCGAGCUGUACUCUCUUCACACCGCAGGGGACAAAAAUGACAUCUGCCAACUGCUGGAAGGAGUUCGUCUGGGGAAAGAAGAGGCGGAGGCCAAGGCGGCAAAGUUGCAGGAGGAGCUGGAACAAGCCCACAGUGAACUCACUCGGCUGCAGGAGGCUUUCAGUAAGCUGGACAGGGAAUACAGAGACUUCCAGGAGCACGUGCAGCAGCAGAUGGCCGAGCAGGAGCGCGUCCUGGAGAAGCAGCGCGUGGAGCUGCAGGAGAAAGACAGUGAAAUCGCAGACAUGAAGGAAACCAUCUUUGAGCUGGAGGAUGAGGUGGAGCAGCACCGAGCUCUUAAACUCCACGACAACCUCAUCAUCACAGACCUGGAGAACUCCGUGAAGAAGCUGCAGGACCAUAAGCACGACAUGGAGAGAGAGAUUAAGAUUCUUCAUCGCAAACUGAGGGAGGAGUCGAUGGAGUGGCGUCAGUUCCAGGCUGAUCUACAGACAGCUGUCGUCAUUGCUAAUGACAUCAAGUCCGAAGCACAGGAGGAGAUUGGAGACCUGCGGCGGCGGCUGCUGGAAACCCAGGAGAAGAACGAGAAGCUGUGCAAGGAGCUGGACGAGGUCAAGAGUCGCAAGCAGGACGAGGAGAGAGGCAGAGUGUAUAACUACAUGAAUGCAGUGGAGAGGGACCUGGCUGCUCUCAGACAGGGGAUGGGUCUGAGCCGGCGAUCCUCCACCUCCUCAGAGCCCUCGCCCACCGUAAAAACACUCAUCAAGAGCUUCGAUAGUGCCUCACAAGGUCCACCUUCCAAUGGUAGCGCCUCUGUGACUCCAACAGCCUCGGCCGCUCCGCUACCACGCACCCCCCUCAGCCCCAGUCCCAUGAAGACUCCCCCAGCAGCUGCUGUUUCACCCAUCCAGAGACACUCCAUCAGUGGCUCCAUGUCAGCAGCCAAGCCGCUCUCCUCCCUGAGUGAUAAGAGGCCCAGCUACACAGACAUCACCAUGCCAGCUGAUCACCUUCUCAGGGGAACCUCGGCCAGCCGGCCUCCGUCUGUUCUCCAGAGGGUCUCCAACAUGGACUCCACCAAGACAAUCUCAGUGUCCCGCCGGAGCAGUGAGGAGAUAAAGAGGGACAUGUCUGCUUCAGACGCCUCCUCCACCUCCCUGAUGGCUAUGAGUGCUGCCUCCUCCCCGCUCUCCCUGUCCUCCUCCUCUCCCACCGCCUCCAUCACCCCCACAGCACGCAGCCGUCUAAGAGAAGAGAGGAAGGACCCGCUAUCAGCACUGGCCAGAGAGUAUGGAGGCUCCAAGAGAAAUGCUUUGCUAAAGUGGUGCCAGAAGAAGACUGAGGGUUAUCAGAACAUUGAUAUCACAAACUUCAGCAGCAGCUGGAAUGAUGGCCUGGCCUUCUGCGCUGUGCUCCACACCUACCUGCCUGCUCACAUCCCCUACCAGGAGCUCACCAGCCAGGAGAAGAGGAGAAACUUCACCUUAGCUUUCCAGGCUGCAGAGAGUGUGGGCAUCAAAUGCACUUUGGACAUAAAUGAGAUGGUGCACACAGAGAGGCCGGACUGGCAGAGUGUCAUGACUUAUGUCACAGCCAUAUACAAGUACUUUGAGACCUGACUCCAGCACCUGAGCCACCCUGCUCCUGCAGCACAAUCAGAGCCACGCCAGCCCUCCUGAGCUCUCAGCAACCUCUCAACCCCACGGGCAGCUGUUAUACCCCCUCCCACGUCCCCCACACUGCAUGUUGGCCCUCAGUAUUUAGCAACACUAAAGGCAGACCAGAACCUCACUGGACUCACACACUGCUACUCCAUCCUUCCAGUGCAGCGUAGAAGGCGCGUUGUGUAGAGUUGUAGUCCAAGGGCUUGCCUGUAUGUCCACUGUUACACUAGUGAGCCAUGAGAAGUAACUGUGGUGAACCAAGUAUGAACUGACCACAUCUUUGCCUUUGGUUCAUGUCUGAAGAAGCAGCAUGAAACAGAAACCAAGUCUCAGUGCCUUCUCCCUGGCUUUUAUUGGCAAAUAAUAUUCCUUCACCGUUCAACCUGGUUCCCAGGGGAGAUCCUGCAAAUCUGACUUUCAGCGUUCUACUUUGCAAGAGGAUUCAUUUUCAUAAAUAGUCCCAAUUUUUUUUUCUUUUGUUGGUUGUGAAUAUUUUGUAGAGAACAUCAGCUUCUACAGAAUAACAAACCUAAAGUCGGUGAUGGUGUAAUUUCCACGACAACCUGACCUGACAGUUCCCUCAGAAAGGACUUCAGACAAACGCAGCCUUUUGCACCAAGUCUUCCAGAUGUUACAGGUCCAUACAGAUGCCUCUCUUUCAAUGGAUAAAGUGCCUGUGUGAGCUCUCUCUACGGACCAGUCCUCCACAGAGGCACAGUGUCUUUUCACUACAGGUUGUGAAGCUGAAGAUGUGAGGAGUUGUUGCCAAAUGUGUUUCAGAGCCUUUUGAUUGUUGAUUUGUGACUUGUUGGUGAUCAGGACAGUGAUGCUGCAGACCGCUAACACAUCAGCAUCGGAUCAGAAGUGACAGAAAUGUACCAUGUUCUACAACACUACUACACAUUUAGUUCAGCAGCACUAACACAUGACAUGACAACAUGAGGUGUUUUCACUGAAACAGUCAUUAAGGUGGACUAAUGUUCAGUUGAUGUGGAUGGAGUUAAACACUAAAGUGAGUGUUUUCCAUCUUGCACUUCGACUUCUUUCAUUAGGCACAUACAGCGCACAGCAUCAUUUCAUCAGAACCAAAAUAUGACUGAGUAGUAUGUAGUCUUUUGAUAAAAAUGUGUUUUGAUUGACAUUUAAGUUUAGUUUAGAUCAGAGAGCCUUAAGGCCUGACGGCCGCGUUAGAAAAUGAGUCUCUCAGCAUGGACUUCCUGUUGGGGAAACUAGAGAGACAGAUUCACAGGUAAAGACACACUUCUGUAGGCCAAUGCAGAGUCUCAUUAAAGGAAUAGUUCAACUUGUUGGGAAAUACACGUAUUCACUUCCUGGCAGAGACUCAGAUGAGAAGAUUGAUACCACUUUCAGAAAUGAGACUGGUAUCAGUUUUCUCAUCUAACACUCGUCAAGGAAGCAAACAAGUAUUUCCCAAAUUGUCAAAUUAUUCCUAUAACAUCAGAAAAUGCUGCAAAAACUAUUAUUUUUAGCACAAAACAUGCACACGUGAUAGGACAGUUCAUUGUGCCAUUGACUUAUUGUUUGUGUAAAUACUGAUUCCGUGUUAGACAGGUAGUUUUUGAAAUUCCUAGUAGGACUAACGUUACAAUAGAGAUACGCUGGAGCACACAAUGUCAUUUCAUGUGUGGGAUUUCCGUCGGCAACAUUAAUGUUGUGCGUAACACUUUAACACUUUUAGUAUUUAUUAGCAGUAUACAAACAUUUGAUAAAUGCUUUAUAACACACUAUAAUGUAGUUGUAAGCAGCAGUAAGGACAGUUUAUUAAUGUAUAGUGUUUAUCAGUAAUUAUAGCUUCUCCUAUCAAGUCCUAUGUUCUAUUAUUACCACUGUUUCACUAUAUUGGCUUUCAUUAUGUGUUAAUACAGCAGCCUCCACUAAUGGGUGUCCACAGGAGGAUUUAUAGUGGUUAAGCAACACUUUUUUGUGCUUACAACUACAUUAUAGUGAAUUUUAAAGCAUGCAUUAAAUGUUAAUGUGCUGCUUAGGAAUGUUGGAUAGAGGGUUUCAAGUAAAGUGCUACUGUACCAUGUAAUGCUGUCUGACAGCUAUGUGUUUAUCGUGCCUCAACAUACCAACUUCACUGUAUUUAUUUAGCAUAGUUUACAAUCAUUGUAGUGAGGUCAUUGCUUUAUUUGUGUGUGUAUAUGAAUUGAUUACACAUACAGUAAGUAGCUGCACUGAGAUAAGCUUUUUGUAUUCCGCACUUCCUGCCUUAACAGUUUAGCCGAGGCGUCUGCUAGUGAAACUGUGACAUUUCAAACCGCGGGAAUCUUUGCUCGCCAGGCACGUGUUGCAGUGUGGUUAUAGUUUGUUAAACAAGGUCCCUGUUGAUUGAGGAACACUAAUAGUGAUUGACGGCCAUAGACCUUGUCUGGUGAAGGGGACUACACACUGCUUUGAUCGGGAUCAGAUGAUGAAGCUGCCAGCUGCUACCAAUAACAACAUCAGAAAUAUUUUGUCUUUAUUUAGAAACUCAUCCUGCCGUCUGCCGAGCCACAUCACCACAAUGUGUACAGCUACAUUAGACAUUCAGUGAUUUAAAGAUCGCACAAGAGCCUGCAACAAUGACCGUUUGUGUUUAAUGUGCGAGUGAGUCGUUUAAUGACAUGUGAAAGCAUCGGCUGUCUGUUGGUAGAGGUUUGUGAUGCCAUGAUGCUGAAGAUCAUCAGUGUUCUGCUUGAUUCCACCGCCGGCCCACAUGUUUUACUGCUCUCGUCAGGAACGUCUGAGAGCUACAGAAAGGUUUGAAGCCUCUGCAUCCUCCAUUCUGGACGUGGAAUGUGUUGGUGAUCAAGCUUAAGUGAUCCUGGGACUUUAGGAGGUCCAGCGUGUGCUGAUAUGUGGAGUGACUGAUGAACAUGAGGAGAGACCAGACGGCUGGUGAAAGGAAGCACAUUCCACCUCCACAUGAUGUUCCACGGUUUGGGACCUGAGAUGUGUGUGAGCAAAACAAAUGUGAACAGUGCAUUUUGCCUUUAUUGGGUCCACUUCAACACACUACAUUUCUUUUUCUUUGUGUUUACUUGAAGAUGCUCUGAGAAUUCCACUGAACCUGCUUUAGUUUGUCUUUGUGUUUCCAUGUUGCCUUUUAUUUUUACAAUCCAUGACACAUUUGAGUUUUUGUUGUGUUUGUUGUCCUGAUCACACCACAUGCAGUGAAACGGUCCCUUGGCAAAGUUAAAGCUGAAUGAAUAAAGUUGUGUGUAUUUUUGUGUGUGUGUGAGUGUGUGUCUAAAGGGACUAAGCUACAGUAUUAAGUGCACACUACGAUGAUAAUCAGUUGUAAAAAAAAAAAUGCUGUCUGGUUCUGUGUUGCUUUAUUUUUUCUGGCAAUAGUUAUAAAAGAGCAUUGAAACAGC